CCUUAUCGUCACGGAACGGAACCGCCUCAACAUUCAGCUUUAGGGUUUUAAUACGUUGUGAGACGCAGCAGGUCGCAAUUUUUAAUAUGUCAUAAAACAAGGGAGAAGGUGCGGGGGAAACUGUCAAGCAGUGUAGCCAAUAGCAAGAGGGUACAGCUACUGACAGACAACGCUUUCAGCCAAUAAGAAUCGGGCGUGACGCUCGCUUUUACCGCACGUUGGCCAACUGGAGGAACGCAGCGGCGUUCUGUUUUCCCCACCCCCCACGUUGUAGUCGCCGCUGUUCGGUCGUUGGGAGUUGAGGAGGCCUCACGGUCGUUACGUUGGUGGCAACCGCGUCAUGUAAAAAUCUGACUGGGACCUUUCAGCCCUCCUCUGCUCGUCACGAUGAAGCUGUAAAUAGGGGGAAGGGCCGCCGCUGUCGGACUUCCGUUGUCAAGUAGGGAAAGGGGCCCUGUCUUUCCUUUCACCUUCGGUUUGGGGCCCGAGAGAUGCGCGUGGGCCUCGCUUACUUCACACACUAGAAGGGGCGUUACCGAGAGUGGGUCAGGCCGUUAGAUUAAAACCCUAACAUGGGGGCAUUUUUGGACAAACCGAAAACAGAGAAACACAAUGCUCAUGGAGCUGGAAAUGGCUUGCGUUAUGGACUCAGCAGCAUGCAGGGCUGGAGAGUGGAGAUGGAGGACGCUCACACAGCUGCUGUCGGGAUCCCUCGUGGCUUGGACGACUGGUCAUUUUUUGCGGUUUACGAUGGCCAUGCCGGAUCACGUGUUGCCAACUAUUGCUCAUCCCACUUGCUAGAGCAUAUCACAGACAAUGAUGAUUUCAGGGCAACCGAAGCACCGGGAUCUGCUCUGGAGCCAACGGUAGAAAAUGUUAAAAGCGGCAUUAGAACUGGGUUUUUAAAAAUUGACGAGUACAUGCGCAACUUUGCUGACUUAAGAAACGGCAUGGAUAGAAGUGGUUCCACCGCAGUGGCGGUCUUACUUUCACCCAACCACGUGUAUUUUAUUAACUGUGGGGAUUCUCGGUCCGUUUUGUAUAGGAGUGGACAAGUUUGCUUUUCAACGCAGGAUCACAAACCUAGCAAUCCGAGGGAGAAGGAGAGGAUUCAAAAUGCCGGCGGCAGCGUCAUGAUACAGCGCGUCAAUGGAUCACUAGCCGUUUCCCGUGCGCUUGGAGACUAUGACUACAAGUGCGUUGAUGGCAAGGGCCCCACAGAGCAGCUCGUUUCACCUGAGCCUGAAGUCUACGAGAUCGUGAGAGCCGACGAAGACGAGUUUAUCAUUUUGGCUUGUGAUGGCAUUUGGGAUGUCAUGAGUAACGAGGAGCUUUGUGAAUUCGUGAAAUAUAGGCUUGAGCUAACGGACGACCUUGAGAAAGUGUGCAAUUCAGUAGUUGACACCUGUUUACAUAAGGGAAGUCGUGAUAACAUGAGCAUUGUUCUAGUUUGUUUUCAUAAUGCCCCCAAGGUCUCUGAAGAGGCAAUAAAGAAAGAUGCUGAUUUGGACAAACAUUUAGAAUCCAGAGUUGAAGAAAUCAUGACCAACGCUGGGGAGGAAGGAAUGCCAGAUCUUGCUCAUGUAAUGCGCAUCUUGGCUGCAGAGAACAUCCCACAUUUACCGCCAGGUGGAGGCUUGGCAGCAAAACGCAGUGUUAUUGAAGAGGUAUAUAAUAGGUUGAAUCCACAUAGAGAGAGCGAUGGGGUUUGUGGCGAUCUUGAAGACCCCUGGUAGCCUUACAAAUCUCCCACAAUGUUUUUGGUCUGGAAAAUAAAAAAAAAAUGGGGAAAAAACUUUUAAUCGCAGUUCUCUUCAAACCGAGGGGAGAUUUCUGUUGAAGUGUCGGCUGUGUACAAAAUGGGCAAAAAAAAAAAAAAUGUAAUAAAAAAAAAGAGAAAAUGAUUUGUAUUUUGUUCGGUUUGUUUUAUAACCUUGCCACUCUUAGCAGUAUUCUCGCCAGCCUCAGGAUUCUGGUCACUCGUGCAGCAACACUGCUCCUUAACACUUAAACUGGAGAGGACCUUCGCCGGGCGUGGAAGUGCUGGCUCCUUUGGCUGCCGCUUAGGAAGAAGUCCCAUCCCUCCUGCGGUUUUAUUAGGUGUACUAAGGUGCAUGCCGUUGUAUUGGAGCGGUACACUGCUUUCCAAGGAAACUCCUCCAUGUGCAUGUUAUAUCAUCGUACAACACACAACCUUCUUAUAUGGUUUUGACUGUUCCACCGUUAAAUAUAUUUUCAAUUGGGAAUCCAUUUUUUUCCCUCAACCAUCGCCCCAUACCAAUUGUAAAGGCAUUAAAGACCGGAAUAUGGUCUGCAACAUAUCAUUACCCUUUCUGAUAGACUCUGUACUCUCAAUUUAUGGUUCAUCGUUCCUUGAUUUUGACGUCCAUUCAUUGCUUGCAGAAUUUUAUUUUCAAUUUUUCUUUUUCAAGCUAAAACCAGGUUUUAUCAUGUAAAAUUGUGACAUUUCCCCUACCCCACCCAGUAGAUUUUUGGUUUUGAUUAAUUUACUUGUAAAGUGUUAAUGUGGGUAUACAUUUUAGUGUUUGCUCAAUUUCUCACUUUGAAAUGAUGUUAUAUACUAUAAAAAAAAAAUCUAUUUUAAAUCUUGGCAAAUACAGAGAUAUUUUCAUGGGUUUCAGUGAUUUUUUUUUUCUGUUUUUUUAUUUUCUAAGCAAUGGCAUGGUAAAGAGUGAGGUACUUAAAGACCGUCUAAUUCUAUUUUUGCAAUAACCUUUUAUUUUAUUUUUAAUGGGUCCCUUUUGAGUAGUGCAUGUAAAGAAAAUAGUUUUAUGCUGAAAAAAAAAAACAUGGAAAGAGAAUUAUUUAUAGAGAACAUUAUUGGAGGGGUAAUGUAAAUUUGGGGGGUGGAGUUUUCUGAAUGAUUUACAUGCUGUGGGGAUGCCUUGUGACAAUUCUGCCAUUUCUAAUCUUUUCAGACAGUUAUUACCUGUUGUGUGUAACCCUUUUCUUGCUGGAUCUCUAAGGAUGCUCUCAUGCUUGUAACCCAAUAAAUUUUUUUUUUUUUUUUUUUUUGGGAGGUUUAAAUCAGAAACUCUGAGUACCAUAUGUCAUUAUUUAUUGGCUAGAUUUUAGAUUUGUAACUUAAAACAUUAUGAUGAUUCAAACCGUUGAUGAUAGGCAUUGAUCUCUAGAUCUUAUGUGUGUUUUUUUCCGGGUCAUUUUGUUUGGGUUCGGUUGGGGGAAACAAAAAAAAAAAAUGGCUUGGUCAGUGUCUGCUCUGUACUCUGUCCAAACCUGUACUGAUAAUUUUCCCAGUAUGAUAUUGUGAUGUUUUAUUCAAUACCGUGAACAUAACCAACUUGUUACCUUCAAUAAAGGAUUCCUAAACAA